AGGGGAAGGUUUUAGAGAGAGAAGAUAGUGCACAGAUAGAGAUAAUAAGCAUUUCCAUGGGGCUGAGGGACGUCGAGAUGACGCUGCCGCCGGGGUUCCGCUUCUACCCGAGCGACGAGGAGCUGGUGUGCCACUACCUGCACGGCAAGGUGGCCAACCAGCGCCUCUCCGGAGGAGUCGCCGGAUCCAUGGUGGAGGUCGAUCUGCACGUCCACGAGCCAUGGGAGCUGCCUGAUGUGGCGAAGCUGAGCACAAACGAGUGGUACUUCUUCAGCUUCCGCGACCGCAAGUACGCGACGGGGCUGCGCACGAACCGCGCCACCAGGUCUGGCUACUGGAAGGCCACCGGCAAGGACCGCAUCAUCCGCAGCCCGAGGUUGUCGUCAUCCCGCUCUGGCCGCGCCGCCAUUGUCGGCAUGCGCAAGACCCUCGUGUUCUACCGCGGCCGUGCCCCCAACGGCACGAAGACCUGCUGGGUCAUGCACGAGUUCCGCCUCGAGAACCCUCACUCCCCACCGAAGGAGGACUGGGUGCUGUGCAGAGUUUUCCACAAAAAGAAAGCCGAUAUGGAGUACGCCAUGGACGGCGAGGAGGAGCUCGUCGGCGGCGUCAUGGCUCGCAGGGCUGCUGCCCUUAGCGGAACCAACUACGUAAGCUCCUCGUCGUGCCACGAUCCGGAUCAGUAUCACCACUCGCCUACAGCGCCGUUCCCUUCCCUUGGCGUCGGAGGCCACCAUUACCAGCUCAUGCCCUGGGAUCAUCACCACACCCACGGCGCAGCAGGCGUCUCGCUCAGCAAUGUGGACGUUUUCGCCGGCAUGCCACAGCUGCUGAGCUACGAAAAUAUCAUCGACGCCAGCCAGCAACUCCAGGGCGGCCGCAGUGCAGCGGUGGAUUUGAGAGACGGCGUCGAGGAUCAGUGUGGCGGCACGCUGAUGGAGCUAGGGCUGCAGGUGCAGGAGGAGCACUACAACUACAACAGCUUGAUGUAGAUGUGUGUAUAUAAUGUACGGAGUAGAUCGGUUGGUGCUCCAUGCCGCUAUAUUGCUCGGCCAUAUGUUCGUACGUUGACACAAACCGGUACACCGGCUACGAUAAGACGCACACCCAACGGGACAGGCAUAGACAUUUGUUACAUAGGAAGCGCCGCUGUUCAUAUACCUCAUCUAAUAAACUUCAUCUAUAUCUAUAUCUAUACCAAUAUAAAAAGACCCAAAGGGGCAGAUCC